GCAAAGUGGUCAAAGUUAAAGUGCUCUCCCCCUCCUCUCCCCUCCACCUCUCGGGAACACGCCUACACAUGCAUGCGCGCACCUACCUACGUACACUCCUCUUACCUACACACGCACACGCACACGUGACUCCGACGCGCAGAUCUGGUGCCUGGAGAUUUCAACGUGCUCGCUAUUCAAGUCAUGGACUGCAGCGAGCGGAGGGACCAUUAGGAGCCGGUGGCAGAGAGAGAGAGAGAGAGAGAGGAGAGGGGGGGAGAAAAAGAAGAAAAAAAGCAGCAAAAGCCGCUUUAUUUGUGGAUGAUGCUGCUCCACCGCCCGGAUCCCGGACGCACGGAUUUAUCCCCAACAGCCGCUCUUAUGUAAUCAAUACACCGAACUGCUUUUGGGAGGGAACGCAGCACCUGCUUAAUCGAAAAAUACUGUAUGCCAUAUGCUGUGCCGUUUUUUCUCUCUCCUCUCUUCCAGAGCAGCCUAUGGCAAUCCAUUUGUCCUGAUGCGACGCGUGUGAUGGUUGCAGUGGGACGGAUAUCCUUAAUUUGAUCCAAUAGGCGUUCUCAGGGUUUUUUUUUCUUUUUUCUUCUCCUCGUCGCUCCUGUUUGCACCUCUUCCACGCUGACCUUAUCAACAAUGCUUUAAAAAAUAGGUGAUUGUUUAUCCCCACUACGUCCCCAGUGUUCAUUGUUUUUGGUUUGGAGGAGAAACCCCCCAAAAGGAAGCCUCGGACUGCCCAAAUUCCACGAGAAUCUCACCACUUUUUUUGGUUCUUUUUUUUUUGUUUGUUUUUUCGCUUGGAUUUGGAAGGAAACCACCAGUGGGAGUCAACUGGUUCUGGAGGAUAAAGAAGCAGAAGAAGAACUGGGCCUGUUUGGACUUGAUUUGCCGUCAGAAACUCUGCAGGAUUUCCUCCUCCUCUCCAGUCCAGAGGAAUACCUUCAGGUCCGGGGAGCCGCUGCUGAUUCUGCUGCUGCUGCUGGUGCGUUUUUUCAUCCAUCCGUGGGAAUGGUGGCCGCACCGCGUAUCCACGCAACUCUUUCUGAGUGUUUGGCGUCUAUUCGCAGGCGAGCAUCUUGACUUGUGAUCGACAGAGAAACGCGGACUGCAGCAGCCUCCUUGUGUGUGUGGUUUUUUUUUUUUUUUGCUUCUUUUUUUUUUAUCCCCCCCCUUUUCACAUGGAGAUUUGUGCCACGGUCGCACCGCAAAUCUUGAAAACGGGGAACCGGGGCCCUGCCGCUGCCGCCGCCGCCGCUGCUGCUGCUGAUUUUUCCUGCACUGCUCUCAACCUCGAUUUCAUUCAUUCGAGAAAAAUGCAGAACACAAACAGCAGAUGAACUAUGAAUGCUGAACACAAUGAUCUCCUCCCUCCAGCGCCAGACAAUGAGAGGUCGUAGGCUGAAGGGGGCGCUCUCCAACCCCCUCUUUGUGCUGCUUUUGGCCCUUCAGAUCCUGGUGGUGGCUGGGCUGGUUCGCGCUCAGACCUGUCCCUCCGUCUGCUCAUGCAGUAACCAAUUCAGCAAAGUCAUAUGCACCCGCCGCAGCCUCCGAGACGUCCCCGAUGGCAUUUCCACCAACACUCGCUACCUGAACCUCCAGGAUAACCUUAUUCAGGUCAUCAAGGUGGACAGUUUCAAACACCUGCGCCAUCUGGAGAUCCUGCAACUGAGCAAGAAUCACAUCCGCAGCAUCGAAAUUGGCGCCUUCAAUGGGCUAGCCAGUCUCAACACGUUGGAGCUCUUCGAUAAUCGGCUCACGACAAUCCCCAAUGGAGCAUUCGAGUACUUGUCCAAGCUGAAGGAACUGUGGCUACGGAACAACCCCAUCGAAAGUAUACCAUCUUAUGCCUUCAACCGGGUCCCCUCGCUUCGAAGGCUGGAUCUAGGUGAGCUCAAGCGUCUGUCCUACAUUUCUGACGGAGCUUUCAAGGACCUGAGCAACCUGCGCUACCUGAACCUGGGAAUGUGCAACCUCAAGGAGAUCCCCAACAUCUUACCUUUGGUCAGGCUUGAGGAGCUAGAAAUGUCUGGUAACCAGCUCGCUGUUGUCAAGCCCAGCUCAUUUACAGGGUUAGUGAACCUCCAGAAGCUGUGGAUGAUGCAUGCCCAAGUCCAAACCAUCGAGAGGAACUCCUUCGAUGACCUUCAGUCGCUGGUGGAGCUCAACCUGGCUCACAACAACCUUACCUUUCUACCGCAUGACCUCUUCACGCCGUUGCAUCGCCUGGAGCGAGUCCACCUGCACCACAACCCCUGGAACUGCAACUGUGAUAUUCUGUGGCUCAGCUGGUGGCUGAAGGAAACAGUACCCGCUAACACCAGCUGCUGUGCACGUUGCCAUACUCCUACAGUCUUUAAAGGUCGCUACAUUGGAGAACUGGACCACAGCUACUUCCAGUGCGACGUUCCCGUUAUCGUGGAGCCACCCAGUGACUUAAACGUGACAGAAGGCAUGGGGGCGGAGCUUAAAUGCCGCACCAGCUCGCUGACCUCCAUCAGCUGGCUCACACCAAACGGCUCUCUGGUGACUCAUGGGGCUUAUAAGGUGCGUUUGUCUGUACUCAAUGAUGGGACCCUGAACUUUACCAGCGUCACAAUGCAGGACACUGGGACUUACACCUGCAUGGUUAGCAACACGGCGGGCAACAUUUCUGCCUCCGCCGUGCUUAACGUCACCUCCGUGGAAAACAGCGGGGUGACCUACUUCACCACAGUCACCGUGGAGACCAUUGAGCCCCCGGGGGAUGACAGCCAAACGCCGCUUCCACCUUUCGGCUGGGUGUCAUCGUCGACGACAAAAGGCACUCCCGUUUCCACAAGGACCACAGAGCGGACUUACACCAUUCCGGUUCUGGAUCUGGAUGGAGAAGGAUCCCCCAACGGCCUGGACGAGGUCAUGAAAACCACCAAGAUCAUCAUCGGCUGCUUCGUGGCCAUCACGCUCAUGGCCGCCGUCCUGCUGGUUAUUUUCUACAAGAUGAGGAAGCAGCAUAACCAGCAGGAUCCCGACGGGCCGGCCUCCUCCAUGGAGGUGAUUACGGUGGAGGAAGAGCUGGCGGGUGUCGCUGCUAUGGAGAGACACCUAUCGCUGCCCCCUCUGGAGCACUACAACCACUACAACACCUACAAGAGCACUUACCACCACCCUCCCAUGCUCAGUACCAUACACAGCUCAGCCACACAGGAACCUUUACUGAUUCAAGCCUGCUCAAAAGACAACGUACAAGAGACUCAGAUCUGAUCUUAAGUUUGACUAAAUAUCCAGUAUCAGCAGUUUCACACUUGGAGUACAAUGGACCAAAUAUGUGAAGAUAAAAGAUAAAUCAAAUGCCGUUGACUUGACAGAGUUGAUGUCGGCAAUUAAUCAGCAUUUGGCAAAGGGACGACAUAUGAUACUUUAACAAGUGUCUUUACAAAAACAAAGAUUAUUUAUUAAAAAUAUGUCUAGUGGCUAAAUGAAGAAAAACAAUUUGUGAUAGCUUUUUAGCUCAUUUUAUUUCUCUCUCUCUCUCUCUCUCUCUCUCUCUCUCUGUGUAAUACUGCACAAGGGGAAGAAUGGUUUCCUCAAAGUGAGAAAAGUAAAGGUUUAGGUGUGUAGAUUUUGGCCUUAAACUAAUAGAAUUUCAACACUUUGCUUUUACCUGAUGAUCGCGUUUACUUGCCAGUUGGUCACCGAGUCCAAUUUGGAGGAAGUUCAAGAGACAUAAAGCUGGUUUGUUGCCUCUCACCAUCAUAUUCUAGCUGUCACUUAACACAAAAUUAGAUCUCUUAAUGGCACGGCUCUGGAUGAUAUCACAGUGAAGUCAGCAUGCCUGAGGAGCGAAGCUGCUACGAGUAAAUGCGCAUUUCCCCCGUGGCUCCUAAACAACAGCCACGCAGCCUUCACUUCAAUUAAGAUUAAGGUCUUGCUCCCACUUUCCCCUCCUACAUUUUCUUUGCACUUCACCACUCCCCCCCCCCUUCCUUCUAAUCCUCCUCCCUUCUUCUUCAAUCCCACCCGUCUACCCCCUCUCUUAUUUCCUCCCUGUCCUCUCGCUUCUCCGAUUGUCUCGCCGUCAUGUUCCUCACCCCCUCGCCACGUCUCAUUUGUCUCGCUUUAUCCGCCAGGCGUGUGCCGCGCGACCGGCAAAGAAUAUUGCUUAGGAAAAUGAAGGGGAGCAUAAGGCUGUGGUCUGCGGCCUCUCCCGUUAACCCAGCCAUGAUCUACGUCCACUCAGUGUUGCGUUACCUUUGCCAUCACCCCGGGGUCGCGCGAGCUGAGGCGCUGAUAGUCCAUCUGUUAGUCCAGAUAAAGAGGCAAAUGAGGCUGCUUUGUAAUGUAGUGUGACCCUGUCCAAGUGACGGGGGCUAACGAAGCCAGUGGAGCAGCUAGAAAACCUGCAACAAAAUAAGGGGGAGAUGGGUUAUAGCCCAUUAAUCUGUAUCAGCAGUUCAUUUGCAGACUAACAGAGGAAAGCUGAUAAGAAAACAGCAUGAGACUUUUUCACUCUCCCCAUGCCCAACAUCUAAAGGAGGGGCACAGGCCUUUGAUAUUGAAGCGACCCCUGCUCGGUCUCAUUUUUGUUGGAGGGAAACACACACACACUUUGAUGCUGCAUCAUUUAUCAUAACAUUGUCUCUCCCGUCUGUUUGCACUUUGCUUUUUCAUUUAGUCUUUCAAAGAGGGGCGGCUUAGGGAAAGAGGAAGGUAGGAGCGAAAAGUGAAGAUGAAGAAGAAGAAGAGCUACCGGGGGUGGGGGGUGGGGGGUGAGGAGGUAGAAGGGAAGCCAGACUCACAACAGUCAUGAGGGGUCUUCAGAGAUAUUGCAGAUAUGAAGAGAGAGGAGUGAAAAAUAGAUAAGGAAUAAGGAGGCAAAAAAAAGAACUAGCCAUCAGCCUGUCGCCAUGGAAACAGUGACCUUGUGCAGAAAGUAAGAAGAGGUAGAUAUGCCUUUCGCUUUGGUCUCCGUGCAACAAGCAUAUUUUAAUUUCCCACCGGCGAUUUUCACAAAACGCGGCUGAUUAUCGACAAAAAGCGGCGUUAUGCGAUGCAUGUUUACGGAGGGGCUUUGGUUUUUUUGUUUGUUUUUUUGAAGGGAUUCGACCCACACACGAUGUCACUUCGCGUCUGUUUGAGUUAUUUAAAAUAAAUCUCCCUCAUAAAGCAGAAAAAUAGGACAAUUUUAACAGUGCGGCAGGCAGUUUCCACUCGCCUUAUUGACUUUCAUCUCUGUGAAAGACGGCUACCAUGGCUUAAAAAUAUGAGCCAAAACAAAGCGCUGUCACUCACAAAAUCAGAAGCUUCUGAUCAGCCCGGUCUCUUAAAACUCAUUCUUUUGUCUCCUACAACAGCAGUGGGAUGGCGAACAAACACAGAUGAGAAGCGAAAACAUGCAUUUAAAGACUGGUCCUCUGGUGGGGACAGAUGAAGCUGUAAAUGGAGCAAGAACAAUUGAAACAGAAACCUAUUCACCGGCAGCCCUUCGGGGAGCGUUAUGAAUGAUGGGAAUAGUACCGUCAGUGGUAAUGUCAGUGAGUAAACCAUUCUUUCCCUUUUCCACUGUUUCCUUUUUUCAAUGCUCAAUUCCUUUUCAAUGCUUUUGGUGGCUUAAUGAUUCAAUGUUGACGCUGGCUACAGUGAAAAAAAAAAGGUUCAGAUUUUUUAUAUAUAUAUUUGGGAAUGAGGGUUGUGAGUUCCUGAGAAUGAAUGGAAUAUCUCUGUGUUGGUAUUUGCUUUAGCAGGAUGGAAUUAUGCGGGGAGGAAAAAAAACGCCAGAAUGAAAUUAAGACUGACAAGCAGAAUGUUGGACUUGAAAUACCAGCAGAGUGAGCUUGAUUUUUUUGUGCGAAACCCUUAGCCAAGGUGAUCAAAUUCUUGUGUGUUAUUCUGCCAACUGUCCAUGUAUGGGGGGGGUUACUGUAAUGUGGGAAACGUUCUCUCUCAUUUUUGGAGAGAACAAUCAUCACACGGUAAAAAUUUCUACAAAAAAAAUAUUUUCAAAAACAUAAUGCAAAAAAAAAUCUUCAGAUCAUAAUUUUACAUGUGCUUCAAUUGUUAAAAAAAAGACAAAAAGCAAAACAAAAAGAAGAAAAAAAACAACAACACCAACAACGAGAGACUGUGCUUGUAAGGAGUCCAACUAAUUUCCCUGAGGAUGAUGUUCAAUUAUUGAUACCUGAGAUUGUAGUUCAUACUGUACAUGAAUACAAAUAAAAAUUGCAAUUCUUUUUUUUCCAA